AAUAUUCACAUGUCAUUUCAUCACUAUUUAUCUUUAUUGAGAUGAAUAGCAUUAUUCACGGAUGAGCCACGAUUCGGUCCAACUGACUCGAUUAGUAGCUCAGUUAAAUCAAACGGCAACUCUGGGAAGCCCCCCAAGUUUUCCGUCCGCAAUAUUCAAUGGCGGUGAAAGAGGCUUCUCCCGACGGCCAUCCUCUGCCGGGCUCCGCCCCCCUCAUCGAUGGCUUUUCCCUCACUCUCCACGCCGGCGAUCGCUGCCUCCUCGUCGGCUCCAAUGGCGCCCGGAAAACGACGAUUCUCAAGAUUCUCGGAGGGAAGCACAUUCGCGUGCUUGGGAGAUCGGCAUUUCACGACACCGUUUUGACGUCUUUUGGUGAUCUCCGUUACCUCGGUGGAGAGUGGAGGCGAGAGGUUGCUUUUGCUGGCUUUGAGGUGCCGAUACAAAUGGAUGUUUCUGAUAAGAAGAUGAUUUUUGUGGUUUCUAGAAUUAAUCCUCAUAGAAGAAUCGAACCCAUUAAGGUGAGAAAUGAAAAACCUAGCAAAUUAUUUUUCACCCUUUUUAUAUUAAGUGUUUAAUGUUAUUAACAUAAUUGGUUCACUGUACACAUUGAUUGUUAAUUGAGUGAGUAUCUCACAA